AUGAGGCAGAUCACGCGCGACGAGCGCGACGCGGAGAUCGCGUGGCUCGCGGGGAUGCUGAAGCUGUGGCUCGACGACGAGUGGUCGAUACAGGAGCCGCACAGAGACUUGGGGAUGCGCGCCGCGGAGAAGUGCACCGAGAUGCGGUUGGAAGGGUGCGAGGAGAUGGGCUCGCUCGUGAUGGGCGUCGCGCAGGAGCUCAUCGAUUUCGACUUCUCGGACACGUUCGUGAACGCGUUCGAGGUGGCGAACAAGUGCUCGGAGAUCUUGAUGAUGCGCGAGGGGUACGAAGUGUGCUGCAUCAACAAGGACGACGAGACCCGGCAGGAGCGGUACGACGCGCUCGUCGCCGCGGGGGAGGCGUGA